AUGGCAAUGGAACCAAUCGUUCACACAAUCUUUGAGCCCAAGACAUGUUCCUGGCAGUAUGUGGUGGCCUGCCCGAAAGAGAAAGAAGCUGCUAUCAUUGAUCCCGUCCUAGACUUUCAACCUUCGUUAUUUCGCAUCACUACUGAGUCUGCGGAUGCUCUAAUCGAUUGCGCUCUAAGUCACGGGUAUACAGUCAAGAUGCUGCUGGAAACACACGCCCACGGCGACCACCUUUCCGCUUCCUACUACAUCCAGCAGACGCUGUGGUCACGAGGACAACCGCACGCACAGAUUUGCAUCGGAGAAAACAUCACGGUCGUCCAAGCCUAUGUUUCACACAAGUACAGAAUUCCCAAAGAGGAAAUCGAUGAUGCUUUCAACCACCUCUUCCAAUCCGAUGAAGUAUUCAGCCUUGGUGACGUACGCUGCACCGCGCUGCACCUGCCCGGACACACACCGGAUCAUAUGGGAUACCAGAUUGGCAGUAAUGUCUUCACAGGAGACACGAUGUUCCACCCAGAUAUUGGCAGCGGGCGAUGCGACUUCCCUGGUGGCGAUGCCCGGAAACUGUUCCGGUCGAUGAAACGCCUCCUUGAGUUACCUCCAGAGACAAAACUAUACACGGGCCACGAUUAUCCUCCAUCCAAUGAGUCUACAGCCCGCCAAGCUACGCCGUAUGUUACGGUUGGCGAGCAGCAGCAGAACAACAAACAUGUGAAAGAUUCAACAGAGGGAGCAUUUGUGCAGUGGAGAAAUGCGCGAGACGAGGUUAUGCCUGAGCCUGAGCUUGUACAUCAGGCUAUGCAAGUCAACGUGCGUGGAGGAAAGAUGCCAAGGAAGUCGCAUCAUGGUAAAGCAUAUAUGCUUUACCUGAUCGAGGUCCCAAGUACUUUGAUAUGCUAG